AUGACUUGGUGGCGCCGUGACCCGACCUUCUCUCCCGUCCAACGUUACGCGCAAAACAUCCUCCGGUCCCACGAGGCUGCUCUUCGCACGCGAUGCUUCUCUCGCACGCCUUCCAAAUCUGCCCAGCAUGAAGACAACGAUGGCAACAAGCGUCCAUCCGGCAUGUCCUAUCUCGAGUGGCUGCAGCUACAGCAAUACGAGCGGUGGCGAAAGAAGCUGAUGGACGACCCAUACCAGGUUCUCUUCGGGGCUAGCAAUGAUAUGUUGAGUGGCAAGGGGCUCAAAGAUUGGGAAUGGAUCAGCAAAAGCUUUCCAAAAUGGAUGCUGAGAGAGAUGGAGAGCCAUGACGAUACCAAAUCGUCGUCGAAGCUCGAUAAGGAUGGCAGCUCAGGCCCCAAGUAUCCAAGACGAGUUGAGAUCAAGGAUGAGAGUUCCGAUGCGCCCAAGGAACGAGAAUCUCACUUCCCACAACCCUCCUUCAGGACAAGCCGAUUGCUCCGUGAUGACCCGACUGGGGUUCAGUCGCCUUCAGAUUUCAGGAGACCUCGAGAGCAGCCUCAUAGCAAGGCCGCCGAACGCUAUCCAGAAGUGCUGAGCGAGCCUAGAACAAGCUCGACUAAUUCUACACAUCCCGCAAGUGUCCCACAGAACUACGAGCUCCAGCAACCAGUACCACCGAAGAGUACAGAGUCCUUCGGAAAGUACAUUGUGAAGACGAAAUCUGAUGCGGCCACCAAGAUCGAACAGUCCGGCAAAACCAAAUCGACUACGGAGUAUUCCUUCGGAGAUCAAUUCGUGACAGAGAAGACUAAACACAACGAUGAAUACACCGAUGGUGCGACUGAGAUCGGUACUUGGAGAGAAACUACGUUACAAAGGAGAUUUUCAAACGAUCUCAUGGCAAAGCCUGAGGUUAACACUACCCCACCACGAGUGGCGGAAGACGAGCCCUCGGUACCGAAAUCGUUGACUGAGAAGAUUCACAAGGAACCCUCAGUGCCGCCUAUAGAAGAUCGCGUUACGUCGCUUCCUACAGAUCCGGGUCUUGCAAGCACAAGACAACCUGCCACUCAAGAACAGCUUUCAUCACAACAAGAACCUGUCUCACAAGGCACUACCGCAUCUGCGCGGUCUACGUCAAAGAUCUUGAGUCAGCUUCCCGAAGAUGACUUGGACUUUUUGAGCGCAGAUGACAUUCGUGCAAACAUGGCCGCGAGAAGGAGCAGAGUUGUUAGCGACGAGCUCCGAAAAGCCGAGCGAGCUAAGUUAGAGAAGACUUUUGAGGAGACCCAUAGGGAGCGUAAUGUUAUCGAUUCGAUGCUUGAGGCCAAGGUCAUCAACGACCAAUUUGUGCGUCGAGUUGAACGACAAAUGCAACAGCCAGAGACAUCGCAUGAGUUCCAGGAGAUUAACGAACCGCGAACAACUACACAGGUUGACAAAACACCAUACACGGCAAAUGAAAGCCAGCUGGAGUCCAGCGUCGAGCGAAUGAAAUCAUGGCUCGAAGAAAGCGGUGCCAAGUUCUCGAGCCUUUUCUGGCAAGAUCCGACUGAGGAAGCAGACGCGAAGAAAACCCGCUUGUUUUUCGACAGGAUCUUGGCACGUAUCCGCAAGGGCCGUACGACUAUGAAGCAAGUGAUUGAAGAUCUAGAGACCGAUAUUCCAGCAUCUAAACUACUUUUGAAGCGCAUGAAAGCAGAUGAGGACCUACUAGAUUCUGCUAUCAAUGCCUUACGACAACGUUCCGGAAGCGGCAAGUCGAAUGCCCUGACACCGAAGAAGGUCAGAGCUAUCCAGGAAUUGCGUCUUAGGUACCAGAGCACAGACAAUGAUCUUACCAAGGCAUACGCACAACUCCAGGAACUCGGUGACUCAGACGCAACAAAGAACGUCUCCCCAGCGUUCAAACGGAGACUCAGCAUCGCAUCAAAGAUCACGCAAAAGAAUGCUCACCUUACACGUUAUUUGAUCUGGAGUCUGCAGGCUCGUCUCGAGGACCCGGAAAUCGAACAAAGCAUGCUACCGAAUUACAAAGCUGUCGCGAACAGUUUGCUGACCCUCAGGGACACACAGAUGGCUUUAUCUCGGUUGCUGGAACGUGCCAUGCUCGUUUAUGGCGUUGCGCCGCAGACGUGGGAAGAUGUCAAAAUCUUCAGUGACCAUCACGAUGUUGAAAAUUCGCAGGAGAAUGAGCAGCCACCUCAGGCCAAGGUAUAUGUCGGUAUGAGUGAGGUCGACAAAGCCCAGCUUCGUGCUAAGGUAGCUGCUGAAGAACGUCUCGCCAACGAGGUCGAUGCGCAGAAGUCCGCUAUGCGUGGGCUCUCAGAUGACGGAUACGCGCGUGUGCCGAAGAUGGCACCGAAGAAGUCGUUUGAAGAGCAAGGACCUCUUGCCCACAGCUUAUUCAGGCCUUUCGGACCCGUUUUGGAGCGCUUAGAGAGUGAAACAUCAUGGAAAGUAGGAGCAGCAGAGAUUGAAGAGAAGGCGACCCGCAAACUUAAUGACAACAAACUCGCUGAUGACAUUCAAAAGGUAUACGAAGAUACGUAUGGAGAAAUUACUGUUGACCAUAAGCAACCAGAGAUCCUGGUUGACGAAAAGAAGGUCGUGGAAGACAAUGACGUGAAGAAGUUUGAUAUGCUGAAGGACGAUCCUGCGAUAGAAGAGAUCUCGAUGCGGGCGAACAAGCUAAAAGCCUCAGACCCGGCACCUAGUGGAGAAGUUGCAUUAGUCAACACUGCAACAGAAACUGUACAGGACACCCUUGCCGCUGCCCACACUUUUGUGUUUUCUGAAACUGCCACAAUGGAUCCCAAGCCGAGCAAGGUGCCUGAUGAGACAGUUUCUGAAGUAUCGCCUCUGGACACAUCAUCUCAUGUGUCAGAGACGAAAUCACGAAUGCUUUAUACGAUCCUUGUGCAUGAUCCGGAGACUGGCAAGCUCUCACUCACCACCUCUACGUCAGUUGCGCCUCGUGGCGUUUCACCUAUGAUACCACUGCACGAAGCGUUAUCGCAGCUCGACCAGCCCGCGAAGUUCAUUCCACACAUCAAAGACGGCCUUGAGGUCGUCACUGCGAAGAAGGAUAUGCUCAUCCUUCGGGAUGCCCUCAACUCCACGUCGUCUACUAAACCGUUCGAAAUGAUGAACACCUCAAGCGUAACGGACAACAAAAAAGGCGCUGAUAGUAAGGUAGAGAGGGGUAACAUCAACCCCAUAGACGGGACAGCUCGCCUUUCGCCUACUGGCUACGUUGGACCAGAGGAGAGCCAAGAACAACUCGAGAAAGAGUUCACUGAGCGCAGGCAGGCUGCUGAGCGCGUAGUUAGCACCGAGGAAAGCAGCAACGAGCGACAGAUAACCCAGCAGGAGAGCAAAGGCAGGAAGAAAGGCGGUAAAGCAGCUGGUAUAGUCAAGACAGCCAUUUGGGCCGCCGCACUAUGCUACGUGGCUGGUGUACUUGGAGAAGUUGCUAGCUAA